CUGUCCACUGAACCUCGGCCAUAGAUAAUAUACUGAUACUCUUGACUUGCUAAUAAACUUGUAUAAAAAAAUAAUAAAUUAAUUUAAUUUCUAUAACACUGUUUUUUCGAUUUUUUUAUUUCGUGUUUAAACUUUCAAUACUUAAACAAUCUUAAACGAUUCAAGUAAAAAUGGGUGUAAAAAUGUCUUUUGUGGCGUUAUUACCUGUAUUAAAAAUAAUAAUAAAUUCCAGCGGGAAUAGAUAUUUUUAAUACAGGUACGGCUAUUUCAAAACCGUUAGGCCCUCCAAUAUAAAAACUAAAAAGUAAAAACUGUCGUUAGUCGUGUCCAACAAUAAUGAUGGUAUUAAAAAAAUGAACCCAAAUUCUACGAAGCAAAGAUCACGGCCAACACCAGCUCAAGUAAAAGUAGUGCUCAGUUUUUUAGAACAGCAUCCAGAAAUGGCUUGGAAGGAACCAAGAAAUGGAAAUGCAGGGUUUCAUAGGAUUAGAAAAAUGUGGGAAGAGCUAACUAAAACUGUAAAUUCGAUUUAUGGGGCACGUAAAAGUACUAGUGCCUGGAUGAAGUAUUGGCAAGAUAAAAGAAGAAAUGUUCUAGUAAAAAGCAGAUUAAUAAAGCAAGAGAAAGUUCGACUGAACCUUACAUCAGUUGAUAAAAGGAUAAUAAAAUUACAUCAAAUGAGAAGAAAUAAUAAAGUAAUAAUGAACAAGCCUUGUAAUGGAGAAGACAAUUCUGAUGAUGAUGCAUAUGAGGUUCCCAAUGAUGAUGGAAUGGUUACUAAUGUAUUUGAAGAAAAAAGUUUGAACUUAAUGGGUACAAUGAUUGAUGUAAUGGCAAAACAGGCAGAAGCACUUACUCAUAUAGGUCAAGAGUCAUUAAAAAAAUCUGAAGCAAUGCAACAAAUCGCAGAAGCGUCCUUAACACAGGCUCUGGCAGUUGACAAAUUAGCAAUAAUAUUUGAUGGAUUCAGUGGCUCACUGUAUGAAGUUAGAAACGCUAUUCAGAGCAUAGACUAUACCAUGAAGAGGUGUUACCCCCCCUAACACAAAAUAGAAACAACUCUAUUAUUAGGUUAAGGGUUAUUUGUUUUUAUAAAUAAAGAAGUUUUCCACCAAAA